AGAAGGGGAAACAUAUUUUUACUCCAAACUGCUCUAUGUACUUCAAAUCUAUCAUAGGACCAUGCCUGCAGCGUUUGAAGGUUCUUUCGAUUUCUUUAAAGUUCUACCAAGUAAUCCUUCAUCACUACCACCUGUUGUGCUGCAGUCUUGUUUACCACUGCUUAUACAGCAUGUUGGUUGGUUUUCCAAAUACGAUACUCCAAUUAGAACCCAGGCACAAAUGUAUAGGCAUCUGCGUCCAUUUCUGGGCUUGUUAAUUUAUUCACCAACCAGAGAGAUAAAAGAACAAGCUUAUGUUCUGGCACAGGCAACCAUGUUAAGUACUGGUGCAUUUGACAAUAACACGAGGGAAAUUUGUGCUUGGUUUCUCUUUAUACCAGGCUAUAACAGCAACAGUAUUUGUGUAGAAGAACCAGAGGUUGAAAUCUUCCAAAAGUUGUCUUCAAUUAUUGUUUCUUUUUUAUGUGAUGCUGUUUCGACUAUUGGAAAUAACUUAUUCAAAUACAUGGACCUCUUGAGGCAUUACACCUAUGAUUCAGAAGACGGUAAAGGUAAUUGAAAUUUUUUAACUGAAGCUACAGUUUCUUUUAUCAAACUGUUCUCAUUAGUGAUCAAUU